CUAUCUGAACAUCGCCUGAGGAAGUCGCAGCUACAGGCCAUACCUUUCCAUGUCCUCUUCAAACGCAGCUAUGCCACCCUUUUCUGAAGCAAACCAGCUUGUUCGCAAUCUGGUGCCGAAACUUGGCGCAGCGCAGAGCGAAACCUUGCCUGGUCAGCCUUCUAUCCCACUCAAAGACUUCAAUCGCACGAAAAAGUUUCUUGACAACGAUCUGUGGUCGGACGACCUUGAGAGAAUGGCACCUCGUCUGUGGAUACUGACAACCAUGUCAAGCGCGAAUAUCAAUUCUCUACACCGCCAACGGGUCAAAGGUCGGGAGAUCAUUGUUACAGAAGAGAUCCGCUUGCAUCUUGUGUGGAUACACGAUCGCAUAUUCAUCAAACCUAUUCCACGUUAUCUUCUGUCCUAUGGUUUCUGGGAGGCUUACCUAGAUCGAAGGCCAGAGCUGCUAACUGACGAACGCAAUCUUCGCAAGGCUGCGGCUGGCUUCUUGCGGACAUACCGCUGCUUGAUUAGGCAUGAAUCCGACUUUCAUCUUGCUCAGCAGGACAGUCUUCGGCUUAUCCCCAAGGACGUGGACUGGGCAUCUUUCUGUCGCUUUACCUCAGACCUCAACGACAUUGAAGACUCUGCUGUAUCAAGGCGGUACUGCUUUGGGGAGCUGAGGCUGACGCGACUCAACUUCUACGCUCCAUUGCUCCUACGUAAGCUUCACUUUGAGCAAGUACAUGGUCAAUAUAGCGAUCAGUUUGCGCGACUCUAUGGCCCUGUGCUGUUCGUGUUUGCUGUGGUGUCUACCAUCCUCAACUCCAUGCAGGUCGCACUUGCAGCUGAUCAGUCGCUGACUGUGCCCUGGGUUUCUGUCUGGCAUGCGUCGCGUUGGUUUAGCGUGAUUAGCAUUGUAGGCACCGCUGUUGUUGCCCUGUGCUUUGUGGUUCUUUGGCUAUGGAUGUUCUUAGACGAGUGGGUGUAUACUGUAAAGCAGAAGUGGAAGGCGCGGAGGGCUCUGUUGAAUGCGUCAAGAUGCUGAAAGACUUUGGCCGUAUUUGGAGAAAAGACCGUCUCACAACAAAAGGAGACGCGAGUGCCUCUUACCUACAGAACAACUGAGGCAGCAUAUAGGAAGAUCUCAAUUUGUUUAGCAGUUUAGCGCUGCAAGGACUGCACGACAUAGCACUCGUGCGCAGGCCAACAAUAGAUGAGGUUAAGGUACACGACAAUACGUAUCUGGUCUUACGCAGGAUGUGCUUGCAGUCUGUCAGUUAUUACCAAUCACAUAGGCCCUU